CCAGAGUACAAGAUGGAUGUUCAAGCACACAUUCCAGUAGCACUUUGUGCUUUGCACAAUUUCAUUCAUAGAUACAACCCUACUAUGUUUGAUGAAGAUUAUGAUAAAGAUAUUUUAGGGCAUAAGGUCAAAGAAGGCGCAGCUGAGCUGAAUGAGCUGGGGAAUGGACCAGCAAAUACUUGGGAGAGGUGGAGAGUGGAUCUUUGUCAUGAUACUAUUGCUAGGGCUAUGUGA